AUGGAUAAGUGCCUCCAAGCGAUUCUGUCGAUAGUUCCCGAUAAAUCUUCGCUUCUUAGCAGAGAAUGUGUAAAAGAAAACAAACUUUACCAAUCGGUACUUUCUGCUUUACUAAAGCCCUUAUCAAACGCUUCUGAACGGGUCAUUGCUGAUCAAGUUAAAUUUCCAACAAAUUUAGUAAAAGUUGGUAUUAUGUAUGAUACUUUAUAUAAUCGCUUACAUACCGGCCAGUGGAAUGCGGUGGAACCGGCAGAUAGAGAAAUGUUCACUAUCCUAACAUACGUAAGGAUCGUUUAUGCCUUAUGCGUAUCAACAAAUUACAUGGAUGCCCUAAAAGAUGCUAUAUAUUUGGCCGAUUUGGGAAUUAUGCUGGGAUACCCAUUAAAAAUAGAGCACAAGAGCAUAGCUACCGACCUGCUCGAAAAAACGUCAUCAACACUCGCUGAAUAUCUAUCUGAAGUCACUAAAGAAGAAGUUCCUUUGAAGCGUCUGAGGUUGGAUGUAACGGCAGAAAACAUUACCACAGAUGAAAGUAAUUUUAACUGCGUUCCCGUACUAAAAUGUCCUUCGAUAGAAUAUUUUGGAUUAUAUUUUCUUACUAGGAAGCAUUUCUACGAUGUGAAGAAGCCAGCCUUACUCAAGGGAAUAAUCGAUGGCUGGCCGGCAAUGGAACGAUGGCACGAUCCAAAUUAUCUGCUCAACGUCGCAGGCGAGCGAACCGUCCCGAUUGAGAUCGGUUCACAGUACAGCAAUGACGAUUGGUCUCAAAAGCUAAUGAGGUUUCGAGACUUCAUUGAACAAAACAUCUGCAACGAAACGUCAGCCACUUCUUCGGGCGACCACCGUACAGCCUAUCUGGCGCAGCAUGAUUUGUUUGAUCAAAUUCCUACCCUCCGUGCGGACAUAGCCGUACCGGACUACAUCGGACGUACGGACACACGUCCACGCAUCAAAGCGUGGUUCGGUCCUAAAGGCACCAUAUCGCCGCUCCACACCGACCCAUGCCAUAAUCUUCUGUGUCAGGUUUUUGGCGCUAAAACCGUCAUCCUCGCACGGCCCGAAGACACCGAAAAGCUUUACCCACACGAUCACUUCAUACUGAGCAACACCUCGCAGGUGGAUGCACGCCAGCCCGACUAUGAAAGGUUUCCACUAGCGCGUGAUGUAUCGUUCUACCGGGUGACGUUGCAUCGUGGCGAGGUCCUCUACAUACCACCGAAAUGGUGGCACUAUGUCGAAUCACUGUCAACGAGCUUCUCGGUUAGCUUUUGGUUUGAAUGAUUCAUGCCGAUUGCUGCGACGUGCUGCGUGUGAGCGUGA